AUGUGUGACCUGCUCCAAGGCUUGAUUCCAAAUUCUCUGGAGGAGAGAAAAAACAUGAGCAACAAGCACAUGGAGCGCCUGUUUGUUUACUGCCUGCUUUGGAGCCAUGGGGCCCUGCUGGAACUGGAGGACAGAGCCAAGCUGCAGGAGUUCCUGCUCAAACACAGGGCCAAGCUGGACUUUCCCAAGCUGGUCCAAGAUGAGACAAUUUUUGAGUUUAUGGUCAGUCAGGAAGGU